GCCGGGAAGCCAGCGAGGUCGGUUCCGCCCGACUCUAACAUGGCGGCGCCCUUUGUCUGCUCUGAAGUGCCGUCCCCGGCCUUCUCGCGGCCGUGAUGCACCUCCCUCUGUGGUGGGGUCCGGGACAUGGCAGGUAAUGAGCUGGAGGAGGAGAGUCAAGCUGGAGUUUACGCUAAACUGCCAGAAAAGAGUAGCCUGGGCUACUUGGAAAUCUGAGGUGCCUCAAGGCCCCUGGCUGGCUGUGUCGUUGUCCUGUCCUGCAGCUGGCGCAGCACAUUCUGGGAACCGGCGCGGCUGUUUGUCAAGAUCAGCGUCUCCUGCUGCCAUGGAUUUUCCCCAGCACAGCCAGCACGUCUUGGAGCAGUUGAACCAGCAGCGGCAACUGGGGCUUUUGUGUGACUGCACUUUUGUGGUGGACGGUGUUGACUUUAAGGCUCAUAAAGCCGUGCUGGCGGCCUGCAGCGAGUACUUCAAGAUGCUCUUCGUGGACCAGAAGGAUGUGGUGCACCUGGACAUCAGUAACGCGGCAGGCUUGGGGCAAGUGCUGGAGUUUAUGUACACAGCCAAGCUGAGCCUGAGCUCUGAGAACGUGGAUGAUGUGCUGGCCGUGGCCAGCUUCCUGCAGAUGCAGGAGAUCAUCACGGCCUGCCACGCCCUCAAGUCACUGGCCGAGCGGGCCACCAGCCCGGGGGAGAGUGUGGAGGCCUCGGCUGUGGAGGUGGGGGACAAGAGAGCCAAAGAGGAGAAGGCUGCUGCCUCCACGCUGAGUGAGCUGGACCCGGCCAGAAGCAGUCCACCCACGGGCCCAGGCAGGGAGCCCAAAGAGGAGCGAGGCGGCCAGGCCGAGAGCAUGGCCAGCGGUGCAGAGCAGACGGAGAAGGCCGAUGCCCCUCGGGAGCCACCACCGGUGGAGCUCAAGCCUGACCCCACAAGUGGCAUGGCUGCUGCUGAGGCUGAGGCUGCCUUGUCAGAGAGCUCGGAGCAAGAAAUGGAGGUGGAGCCAGCCAGGAAGGGAGAGGAGCAGGACGAGGAGGGCGCCGUGCCCGCUGCCGUCAAGGAGGAGGGGCCGCCGCUGGAGAAGGGCGAGGCCCCCGAGGAGAGCGAGGAGUCGGCCAGCACGGACUCGGGCCAGGAGCUGGGCGCCGAGGCGCGGGGCCUGCGCUCCGGCACCUACGGCGACCGCACGGAGUCCAAGGCCUAUGGCUCGGUCAUCCACAAGUGCGAGGACUGUGGCAAGGAGUUCACGCACACGGGCAACUUCAAGCGGCACAUCCGCAUCCACACGGGCGAGAAGCCCUUCUCGUGCCGGGAGUGCAGCAAGGCCUUCUCCGACCCGGCCGCGUGCAAGGCCCACGAGAAGACCCACAGCCCGCUGAAGCCCUACGGCUGCGAGGAGUGCGGCAAGAGCUACCGGCUCAUCAGCCUGCUGAACCUGCACAAGAAGCGGCACUCGGGCGAGGCGCGCUACCGCUGCGAGGACUGCGGCAAGCUCUUCACCACGUCGGGCAACCUCAAGCGGCACCAGCUGGUGCACAGCGGCGAGAAGCCUUACCAGUGCGACUACUGCGGCCGCUCCUUCUCUGACCCCACGUCCAAGAUGCGCCACCUGGAGACCCACGACACCGAUAAGGAGCACAAGUGCCCUCACUGUGACAAGAAGUUCAACCAGGUGGGGAACCUGAAGGCCCAUCUGAAGAUCCACAUCGCCGACGGGCCCCUCAAGUGCCGGGAGUGUGGGAAGCAGUUCACCACAUCAGGUAAGGCCAGGCCGCCCUGUCCCCGUCCCGUCCCUGCCACUGUCCCCCGUCACGGCGUGUGGGCCCGGCCCCACCUCGGUCUCGCCACAGGGAACCUGAAGCGGCACCUUCGGAUUCACAGCGGGGAGAAGCCGUACGUGUGUGUCCACUGCCAGCGGCAGUUCGCGGACCCCGGCGCCCUGCAGCGGCACGUCCGCAUCCACACGGGUGAGAAACCGUGCCAGUGUGUGAUGUGCGGCAAGGCCUUCACUCAGGCCAGCUCCCUCAUUGCCCACGUACGCCAGCACACCGGGGAGAAGCCCUACGUCUGCGAGCGCUGCGGCAAGAGAUUCGUCCAGUCCAGCCAGUUGGCCAAUCACAUCCGCCACCAUGACAACAUCCGCCCCCAUAAGUGCAGCGUGUGCAGCAAGGCCUUCGUCAACGUGGGCGAUCUGUCCAAGCACAUCAUCAUCCACACUGGAGAGAAGCCUUACCUGUGUGACAAGUGCGGUCGCGGCUUUAACCGGGUGGACAACCUGCGUUCCCACGUGAAGACCGUGCACCAGGGCAAGGCAGGCAUCAAAAUCCUGGAGCCAGAGGAGGGCGGUGAGGUCAGCGUGGUCACCGUCGAUGACAUGGUCACGCUGGCCACAGAGGCACUCGCGGCAACGGCUGUCACUCAGCUCACAGUGGUGCCCGUGGGGGCCGCCGUGACCGCCGAUGAGACAGAAGUACUUAAAGCCGAGAUCAGCAAAGCUGUGAAGCAAGUGCAGGAAGAAGAUCCCAACACCCACAUCCUCUACGCCUGUGACUCCUGUGGGGAUAAGUUCCUGGAUGCCAACAGCCUGGCCCAGCACGUGCGCAUCCACACCGCCCAGGCACUGGUCAUGUUCCAGACGGACGCGGACUUCUACCAGCAGUACGGGCCCGGCAGCACGUGGCCGGCCGGGCAGGUGCUGCAGGCUGGGGAGCUGGUCUUCCGCCCUCGGGACGGGGCUGAUGGGCAGCCUGCCCUGGCAGAGACACCCCCCACAGCCCCUGAAUGUCCACCGCCUGCUGAGUGAGCAGGCACCCCUCCUCCUGACUGUUUAUUUAAGGAUGGAUGGCACCCUAGAACUGAGAGGGGUGGCCCUGUUCCGUAGAGAGAAUAAAUUUGAUUAUUUUCUAA